CCCUUUUCCAGCAUUGCUUAGAAGGUGCAGAACGCCCUACACUUGUCAGAGUGGUCGUCUCCAAUAGUGUAAACAUACCAGACAGAUGUCAAAGGUUUUGGCAUCAGUGAAGACAAAAUUCUACACUCAACCCAAAGAAACGCACCCAGGGACUCGCAGCUUUUAAAUGCACGCUGCUGUUGCUGACAACAGUCCUGGGAACAGUUGGAAACAAUUAGAAGCACCUGCCUGCGUGGCCCGAGAAGAUGAGACCCAUUGCACAAUCAUUCUUCAGACGCUUGUUCUGGCUGGCUGCUGUUCUGAUGCUGUUGGCGAAUGCAGGAGCAGCUUCUGACAUAGAUCCGUACAAAAUCCUUGGAGUGUCUAGACACGCCAGCCAAGCUGAAAUCAAGAGGGCAUAUAAGCAGCUUGCCAGGGAAUGGCAUCCAGACAAAAAUAAAAGUCCAGGGGCACAGGAUAUGUUUAUCAAGAUUACUAAAUCCUAUGAGAUCCUGUCAAACGAGGAGCGGCGGGCGAACUACGACCGGUUUGGUGAGACGGACGAGAACCAGCACAGGAGCCAGGCUCAGCAGGGCUUCCGGCACUUUCAUGAGAGUUUCUUCUUCGAUCAGACCUUCUUUCAUUUCAGGCAGUCCACCCGGGACUUCGCCGACAGCAAGCACAUGUUGCACUACGAGCAGUAUAUGAAUGAGAUUGUCCCAGAGAGCUUCAGGAGGCCCUACCUGAUCAAGGUUACCUCUGAGUGGUGCUUCUCAUGCAUCCAUAUUGAGCCGAUCUGGAAGGAGACCGUUCUGGAGCUAGAGGCACUGGGUGUGGGGAUUGGUGUCGUGGACAUCGGGUUUGAGAAGCGACUCAGAAGCCUGCUUGGAGCCCAUCGUCCUCCCUCCAUUCUGGGGCUCGUUAAUGGCAGGGUGACCUCCUUCCACCGUGGAGUGGUCAGGGAGAACCUCAGGCAGUUUGUGGAAAGUUUGCUGCCACAGACACUAGUGGAAAAGGUGAAUGAUAAUAAUUACUUGAGGUUUUUGAAUGGCUGGCGUGAAGAGAACAAACCCAGUGUGCUGCUGUUUGAUGCAGCACCUAUUGUACCUUUACUUUAUAAGCUCACGGCGUUUGCGUACCGGGACUUCGUGAGGUUCGGGUAUGUGGAGCAGGGCCACAGUGACACUGCACACGUCCUACAGCAGUUCAGCAUCAAUGCGUAUGCUCCCACCCUGCUCUUGUUCAAGGAAAACCCAGAGAAACCUGCCGAUGUCAUCCAGUCCAGGGGGAUGAAAAGGCAGCUCCUCGACGAGUUUGUCUCCAACAACCGAUUCCUGCUGGUGCCUCGACUGGUGAACCAGAAGUUCUUUGACGAGCUGUGUCCAGUCAAGCAGUUCCACCGUCGACGCAAGUACUGCGUGUUGCUCAUCACUGGGGAGGACGAGGCUUUGGUCUCGGUGAAUGCGGCCUUCUAUGACUUUGCCUCCUCUAACAGUAAAGAGGUACUAAGAUUUGCCUACGUCUACCAGAGUCAGCAGAAGCCUCUCUGUGAUACGUUUCUGAGUAAGGAGGAGUUGAGCCCUCCACAGGUGAUCAUACUGGAGAGGCGCAGCUCCACAGGUAAGGUGCUGUACCGCACAGUGACGGGCGGCUGGAACGGCAGCGACGAGGAUAAGCACCGCCUCCACAAACAGCUGGAGCUCCUGCAGAAAGACCCUGCCUACCUCAAUUACGAUGCCAUGCUGCCUGAACUCAACAAUGAGCUUGCUUCUAUCUUUCUAGUUCAGUGGCUGAACUCUGCUUAUGACUACCUCUCUCAAAUGUACUUUGACAUUCUCCACUCAAACUGGCGAGAGAUGAUGCCCAUCAUUUCUCUCAUCUUCUCCGCCCUCUUCAUCCUGUUUGGCACGGUCAUCGUGCAGGCCUUCAGUGAGUCUGGUGGGGAGAAGCCAGGCAAGCCGAAGGCCAACAAAUCCUCUAAGCCUGCAGAGACUUCUCCGAAUGCAGAAAACACAGCCAGCCAGCUUUCCAAGAACUUUGUGGAGGUGACGGAGUUGACGGACAUGACGUACACCAGCAGCCUGGUGCAGCUGAAGCCUGGACACAUCAACGUGGUGCUGGUGCUUACUGACGCAUCUAGACACGUUCUACUGAAGAAGUUUGCCAAAGAAGUGUACUCUUUCUCAAUGUCUCAGACUAUUCACUAUUCCUUCUUAAACGUGGACAAGCACCGGAAGUGGAUGGACCUGCUUCUGGCCAUGGCCCUUGGCACCAGGCACUCGGACAUGGAGUUGAACGAGGGCACGUCCUCCCACGAACCGGACUAUACGGGCUACGUGCUGGCCCUCAACGGCCACAAGAAGUACCUCUGCCUCUUCCGACCUGUGCACGUGGACGACAAGGAGGACUCCAGCAGGUCAUCUGACGAGGACGCCAGAGCUCCCCGGGCAGGGGUGAAGACGAGGUCCAAGGGCAGCUCCCGGCGGCAGACUUCCUCCACGCCGCAUGUGUGCAGCAAGCUCGAGCGACUGAGCCUCUGGAUGGAGAGGCUGAUGGAGGGCAGUCUGCCUCGGCACUACGUCCCAUCCUGGCCUGACCUGGAAGCCCUGCAGAAGUGACCAGGCUGACGGGAUGCCGGGAGUCUGGGCCGGUACGUACGUGCCUCUGUCCAGUGCUCACAGUUGCAGCAGGUGUGGGGAUCGCAGGGGGAGUUUAUGAUAAUGGGUAGCAGGCUUUAUUCAUGACUGUGAGAUGACCGUCAGUACACUCUGUCUAAGAUGUGAGGUUUCGUUAGGGGAUUGUUACUGUUUUAUUGGAUUAUGCACUGAAUCACUAGCGAGCUUGUUUUUGGAGCGCUGCGUGUGUGUUUUGCUGUCAAAGCAAGUGCUGCACUACCAAUGAAUUUAAUUUCCACAGACCUCAUUUGAACUGCUGCUUUAUGCUGUAGGAACUAGUGUCUUAAAUGGUUUUGCCCUGGUAGGGAAGAGGAGAAAGCCAUCCCAAUACUCUGAGGGUACUUUUGUUGUUUAAUCCCGGGCCUGUAAGUAAUUUAGAAUCUGCUCGUUCCUGUUCAUACUAGACUCUUUGAACUGUGUAACAGCAGAUUCAGAAACGGUACCAAAUGGAUUAAUGGCCUGAAUAGUAGUCCAAAUGUCAUGUGUGCAGGAGAUUAUUUUAACUACAAGCAUUUUUUUAUAAUGAACAAAAAUCACCUCAACUAUAAGAUGAAUUCAAGGUGCAACGUGUAGGGUAUCUAAGGGACGUGCGUGUCCAUUUUCCUGAGGAUCAUGCUGUCGAGAUGUGAACUAAGCACCUGAGCUAGAUUGAUCGUCUUUUACCAUCUGGUCGGUGAAUCCAUGGCCAGACACGCGCGCCAAAAUUGACCAGUACCGCUAAAGCGCCUGUGAGAGUUUCCAGCUGGUUGGGCAAAAGCUAUUUUGGAAACUGUGCUGGCAAAUCACUGCCAGUCACUUAUAGGUGUUCAAAACCGAG